ACAUCCGGUAAUGUGUAUAAGGUGGCAUUCCACAUUUUUUGGAGAUAAUGGCAGUAUUCUGGAAUUAAUGAUGAAAAUAACAGUUCAUAUACGUUCUACUGUUACUUACAGAAUAUUUAUUUGGUUGUUUUGUCUUAUGACGGCUUGUGAAGGAUCCUUACGAGAGUACUUUGGAAAUGCUCUUCGCCAGGAUAUUAAAGCAGUGACAGCUACAGAUUCUGAUGUCGUAGAAGUGAUCAAGUAUGUGCAACAGUAUACCAGAAAGCGCUACCCGUGGAACAUACCAAGUCAGGGGCUUGACCCUGUCGUGACACAGCUUAGUAAAAAGUUGCUUAUAUACACACAUGACGGUGAAACGCCGCUUUUCUUCGAGGACGAAGUUAAAGACAGGUCAGGACUUGAGCAUGGAGUCACAAGAUUCAUUCCCCUGGGUGCCAUGUACGAUUUUGUGCUGAGCUGGACAGAAAGUAUGGUCGAAUUUUGCCACAACUAUACGGUGUCAGUCUAUCCAAAAGAUCGUAUCAAUAUUUACACCCAUACCUUUUACCUUCAAAACUUAAACAUCACAAACCCUGGCACAGACGAAAUACAGUACCUUUUUCCAAAAGUAGGUAGUAGUUAUUUCAAGUACUUAGCAGGUAGCGAGCAUGUAGGACAAUUUUCGUACACUUCGGAAUUCUCGCAUCUGGAAACGGAAGAAGCGUUUAAGGGAUAUUCUGGUACCCCAGGCGCUCAUUCAGAUCAGUUGGAGGGAGGAAGUGGUAUCAAGUCUUCGUUCACGGACAAGAGCGGGAGUAGUAAACGACUUAGAGUGAUGACGUACAAUAUCUGGAAUAUGAACUCAAAGUCUACAAGAGCUGGUGGGUACACGGAGAGAAUGAAACGAUUGAAAGAGGCAAUAUUAAAGACUGAUCCAGAUGUAAUUGCAUUGCAAGAGGUACGUUAUGAAGAGGCAAAGGGGGAAGAUUUGGGUCCUUGUCAGAUUCAUACAUUGUCAGAAUGGCUACCACAAUAUCAGUUCGUGUUUCAGCCAGCUCAGAUGCAAAUGAACACAGUGUAUGAAGGACGGACAGAAGAAGGUGUGGCUAUCAUGUCAAAGUAUCCAAUCAUAUCAUAUGAUAGCAUCAUGCUAUUUAUCAAUCGGAGCAACAGUGCUGAUACACAUCAAAGAGUUUUACUUCAGGCAGAUAUAUUCAUACCCUCUGUAGGAAUGGUUCACAUAUUCAAUACACAUCUGUCCUUGAGUCAUGAGGCAAGGGAGAAGUGUGCAGUACAGAUCUGGAACCAUGUAAAACCAAUGAAGGGACCAGUACUUGUACUUGGAGAUUUAAAUGCUGAACCGCACGAGCUUUCUGUGCAAUAUUUGCGUGGGCAGGAUGUGUUCCCAGGGGAGGACAGAUCUGAGCUGGUAGAUGUCUGGUCCAAAUUGAACCCAGAUGAUAAAGGACUAACAUUCGGUACUCUUGACAAGAAUCUCACCAAAAGGAUUGACUAUAUUUUCUAUCGAGGCGGGGUACAGUGUUGUGAUAUAGAAGCCUGUUACAUUCCAGAUGAUGGGGGUAGAGGAUACAAGGCGGCGUCAGAUCAUUUACCACUGAUGGCAGUUUUAUCCUUGAAGACGAAGACGAAACAUUCCACAGAUUCCAGCUAAAUUUUCUGACAGUUAUGUUCAGAAUUUUAUUUCACUGCCCAAAAAAGUGGAAAAUCCAGCUUUUUGUGCUAGUGCAAAAUGACAUUUUGAACUGCUGAAUAGAUGCUUUUUAGUAUUGUGCAAUAUAAAUCUUUAAUAGAUUGAUGUAUUUAAAAGGUAUACCAUGUUUUGGUAUAUUCAAGAUGAUGUUAAUGAUUGACCUAAGUCUAAGUGACACAUGAACAUGUCACUUAGCUAAAUUAGAGAAGUUAUAACAGGAAAAUUAGGGUUAAAAUAGCAAAAUCAGAAAAGUUAGAAUAGCUGACUGAAAAAUAUGAUAAAAUACACUUAUUGAAUGGCUUGCUAGUGAAAUCAAAAACAAUUGCCCAAGGGGCCAGUAGUAUCGACAAUUGAAUGGCAAGCCAUUAAAAAAGUGUAAAAUGACAUGACAAAAAAUUAAUUUUCACAAUUUUUGUCGAGCCCGCUUGCGGUGAGCUCGACAAGUCACUUUUGGCAGGUCGGUGUAUGUACGUGCAUGCGUCCGAUUUUGUCCGAACCGUAACUUUGACAUGCAUGGACCAAUCUUGUUUAUAUUUGGCAUGACGCUUGUACUGGCCACAAUGUUCACAAAACCUUUUUCGGUCUUAAGACUGAAAUUUUAACAACAUUUCUCUAGAACUUCCAAACUGACAAACUAACAGUCACUUAGAAACAGUCAUUAACAUAACUUUUAAUUUUAAACAUAUAAUUUAAUAUGAAUGACAAAUAGUUUCAUUAUCAUUUUCAGCAGAGACUGAAAAUGUUUGGUGAACGUUGGGCCUAAAUUCAAAUAUGUUUGUGUAAUUUACACUUCGACUUUUAUGCUAAAUGUGCCAUUUUUUAUUUGAAUAAUGUACAUAAAUAUGAUAUUAGGUUAGAGACCACCAAUUGUUUUCCCAUAGACUUACAUUGUAACAUUAUGGCAUGUACGGCCUUCCAUACAUCGAAACAUGUAUAUCUAAUUACAAGUUUUUCAAGAACUAUCUUAGUUCUACCAAAAUAUCGGACGAAAAACAUAUGAAUAGUGAUACUUUAUUUAAGUAAUUUUCGUGUGAAUGAGAUGACCCCCUUUUUACAUCAUUGACAUGGCAGGAGAAAUUCGUUUGAUAUAACUUUUUUUCAAUACACAUAAAAUGUAGCAAAUUUUGUCAAAAUGUAUAAUAAAAUACUGUAAAUGCAGUGAAAAAAUAUCAAUUUUGAAAAAAUAAUCACUUCCUGGGUUUGUUUACAUGACUGACUAAUCAGAACGCACAGACGUUACCUUAUUCCCAGGUAUACACUUACCUCAUUCCCAGUAAGUUCCCUGUACUUUUUAGCUCGACUAUACGAAGUAUAAGGAGAGCUAUCCUACUCGCCCCGGCGUCGGCGUCUUUCCGCGUCCCCACCUUGGUUAAAGUUUUGGUGCACUUUCUCUUUUUUCAACUUAUCUCUGUAAUUACUUGAGGGGUUUGGUUCAAACUUGAAAUAGUUAUUCCUCAUCAUCAUCCACAUCAUCUGACAUAAGGGCCAUAACUCUGGCACCAAUAUUUCAUGAAUUAUCCCCCCUUGUCACAUAGAUUUUCAGGUUAAAGUUUUGGUGCACUUUCACUCUAUCUCUGUUAUUACUGAAUGGAUUUGAUUCAAACUUAAAAUAGUUGUUCAACAUCAUCACCCACAUCAUAUAACACAAGGUACAUAACUCUGGCACCAUUUUUUCAUGAAUUAUUCCCCCUUUUUACUUAGAAUUUCAGGUUAAAGUUUUGGUGCACUUUCACUCUACCUCUGUAUUACUGAAUGGAUUUGGUUCAAACUUAAAAUAGUUGUUCAGCAUCAUCACCCACAUCAUAUGACACAAGAUGCAUAACUCUGGCACAAUUUUUCAUGAAUUAUUCCCCUUUUUACUUACAAUUUCAGGUUAAAGUUCUAUGCACUUUCACUCUAUCUCUGUUAUUACUGAAUGGAUCUGAUUCAAACUUAAACAAUUGUUCAACAUCAUUACCCUUAUCAUAUGACACAAGGUGCAUAACUCUGGGACCAAUUUUUCAUGAAUUAUUUCCCCUUUUUACUUAGAAUUUUAGGUUAAAGUUUUGAUGCACUUUCAUUCCACCUCUGUUAUUACUGAAUGGAUUUGAUUCAAACUUAAAAUAGUUGUUCAACAUCAUCACCCGCACCAUAUGACGUAAGGUGCAUAACUCUGGCACCAAUUUUUCAUUAAUUAUUCCCCCUUUUUACUUAGAAGUUUAGGUUAAAGAUUUGAUGCACUUUCACUCUGUCUCUGUUAUUACUGAAUGGAUUUGAUUCAAACUUAAAAUAGUUGUUCACCAUCAUCACCCACACCAUAUGCCACAAGGUGCAUAACUCUGGCACCAAUAUUUAAUGAAUUAUGCCCAUUUUUGCUUAGGAUAUACUUAUAUAGUGUUUUGAUACAUUUUAUCUAUACCUCUCUUAUUACUUUAAGUUGAUAUUUUUGACAUAGACUCAGGCUAUUGUGCAAUAUCUUCAUCCACAAUUGGAGUCAUUAAACACUCCAGUGACAGCUCUAGUUUCCUCAGAUGUGCCCAGUUUCACUAUCCAGCAUCGAAAUAGUCGAGCGCGCUGUCUCCUGUGACAGCUCUUGUUUGAAUUGGUGGUCUCUGACCAUCAGCAAAUUAUUUAAAUGUAAAAAAAUUGGGGGGGGGGGGUGGGGGAGGGGGAGCCUAUACUCCGCAAAUCCUACAUACACCUUUCUAACCAUGCAUCAACAGAGAUAGUUCUCGGAGAGAAAUUAAUAAUUGAAUUUAUAUCGCACAGCAUAAAAAUUUAAGUGAGGCAACUCAGAAUUGCCUGAAGGUGAAUCAUGUUCAAAACAUAAUUUGUUCAAAAUUUACUCCGCUGGCAAUUAAAUUGUUUACCAGUAGACUCCCUA